UGCUCAUGAAAGAAAACGGCCAAGAGAGAAGUUGUUCCAUUGCCAAAGUAGGAAGCUUUAGUUAAGAGGAAGAUUAGAACUUGGUCAGGUGAAGUCAAACCCCACUAAUAAGUUUUCCUUUUUUCGUCCAAUGUGAUUUUCAGUGGGACUGAAAUGUGACUUGAAUCGGCAACGCUGUCCACGACCAAGAAGAAACAAACGGAAGUGGGCAUCAAAAGUUGAUUUGUUGUCCCUUUUUAGCUGUGUUACAUGAUUAGAUUGAAAGUAUAUAAACCAUUUUAAUGCUUUCCCACUUUACAUUAAUAAAUAUAUUUCUGCCUAAAAUUCGAGUUGACAGGGACAUGCAUAAUUAUAUUACCUUAAAUAAAGAGGGAAGCAUGUUUUUUAAAUUAAUUAAUGUUGUUAGACUAAUUAUGAUGGUACAAUUCCGAUUAUGCACUUUGUCUCUGUAAGCAGGCACUGGGGGAAAAACUUGCAGGAAUUUUGGACUAAUGCUCUCAUUUUCUGAGUCAAAUCAGAGUUUUCCAAAGCAGCCCGGCUUGGUUUUGGAGGCAAACAACUAUUCUUUGUUGAAAUCAUGAUGAUUAUAUUCGAGAAAUCAACAAAAGACUGAGCUAUUCGGAGACAUCUUUCUUCAGCACUCCUUUUACGCUGCCGAGAAAAGCAAAGGCGCUCAAUUCCAGUCCCUUGUUAUUAUUAUUUGUUUUUUGAUCAAUCGUUGCUUUUGGUGGGCUCGAAGGAGAUUUCGGAUGGGCUGGUGAUGGAAGAUAGAUUGGUCCGGAGAACAGCCGCUGAAAAAUGGACCCUUCCACUUUGAUUGGUUCUAGGAUUCUUUAGUAGCCUUAUGGCCUCCAUUGCUGGUCCCAAAGCUUCCUCAAAUCCGCCACAAAAAACAGCCAAUGGUGCAAUGGCUAAUGGGAAACAAACAUCAACUGAAGUAGAUUCCCCUCACAAUGAAGCUAGAAGCUCAGUAGAUCAAGAGAAGAAAACGUCAGAAUAUGGAAGUGUAAAGAGCAGUAUAUGUAGAGGGAGCACGAGCAGUGAUAUAAGUGAGGAGAGCUCUUGCAAUAGUUUUAGUAGUAGUAUCAGUAAACCUCAUAAAGCAAAUGAUUUGAAAUGGGAGGCCAUUCAAGUUGUUCGUGCCAAAGAUGGGGCGAUGGGAUUAGGCCAUUUUAGACUUUUGAAGAAGUUGGGUUGUGGGGAUAUUGGGAGUGUCUAUCUCUCUGAGUUAAGAGGAACAAAAUGUCAUUUUGCAAUGAAGGUUAUGGAUAAAAAUACUUUAGCCAGUCGUAAAAAAUCGCUUCGGGCGCAGACCGAAAGAGAAAUACUUCAAUCCCUUGAUCACCCUUUCCUUCCAACAUUAUACACUCACUUUGAGACAGAGAAAUUCUCAUGCUUGGUGAUGGAGUUCUGCCCUGGAGGAGACUUGCACACUCUAAGACAGAGGCAACCAGGGAAGCAUUUUCCUGAGCAUGCAGUGAAAUUCUACGUAGCAGAGGUUCUUCUUGCACUGGAGUAUCUGCACAUGCUUGGGAUUGUGUACCGUGAUCUUAAGCCAGAAAAUAUUCUCGUGAGGGAAGAUGGACACAUAAUGCUUUCAGAUUUUGACCUAUCUCUCCGUUGUGCUGUUAGUCCAACUCUUGUUAAAAAUCUCUCUGCAGAGUCUGAGGCUUUAAGAAAGAACACAGGCUACUGCGUGCAGCCUGCUUGCAUUGAGCCAUCCUGCAUCCAACCAUCUUGUGUGGUUCCUACGACCUGCUUUGCACCUCGCCUCUUUUCAAGCAAGUCGAAGAAGGAUCGGAAACCGAAAAUUGAAAUGGGGAAUCAGGUCAGUCCAUUGCCAGAGCUCAUUGCAGAGCCAACUGAUGCUCGAUCCAUGUCUUUCGUUGGUACUCAUGAGUACUUGGCACCUGAGAUCAUCAAGGGUGAAGGGCAUGGAAGUGCUGUGGAUUGGUGGACUUUUGGUAUUUUUCUAUAUGAGCUACUAUUUGGUAAAACUCCUUUUAAGGGGUCUGCAAAUCGAGCUACGUUGUUCAACAUUGUCGGUCAGCCACUUCGGUUUCCUGAUGCACCAGUUGUGAGUUUUGCUGCAAAGGAUCUCACAAGAGGAUUGCUAGUGAAGAAACCAGAACAAAGAUUGGGUAAUGAACGUGGAGCAACUGAGAUCAAGCAGCAUCCUUUUUUUGAAGGUGUGAACUGGGCAUUAAUACGUUGUGCUACUCCUCCUGAAAUCCCAAAGCCGGUUGAGAUUGAGAGAAUACCGCACGCACACACACACGCACACGCACACGCAGUGGCAUCGACCAGUUUAAAGGCCGUUGCUAUUGCAGCGGCUGCAGCAGAUGAAAAAGCAUCCGAUAACUAUCUCGAGUUUGAUUUCUUUUAGGGAGAAACAUUCAGUGUAUGGCAGAAUGAGGAGGAAUCAUAUUGAUAGAUCAUGAAGAACUGUAAGUCUGUUCUUGUCUGUUGACAGUUUCAAAUGAAUGUUGCUCAAGUAAUGAAUGGAUUAUUUUGACUCUUC